CAAUCCUUCCUUCUUGAUUCCUUCCUUGCAUUCUUCCUCAUUUUCCUUUGUGUGCAUCCUACCUUCUGUUUUUACUUGCGUUGCUUAUUCUUGUCCAUCCAUUCUUCCUUGUGUCCUUCCUUGCAUUUUUCCCUCCUUUCGUUCAUUGUGUACAAACUUUUUUUUUAUAUUUUUCCCUCAUGUGUCCUUUUAUUCCUUUCUUUUUCCUUCUUUCCCUUGUGUCGAUUCUUGCGUCCCCUUUUCCUUCUUUUCUCCUUUCGUUGUUCGUCCUUUCCUCUAUUCUUUCCUCUUAGUCUCUUUUUUUUGCAGCUUCAUAUUGAAAGCAUACACGCUGUAUAAAAAUCUGCCAUUAACUCAUAGUGAAUUUUGGAUUUUGAAUGUAAAGGCUUGAAAAAAUCUGGAGUUGGAGUUGAGUCUGGAAAUUUCUGACGUUUUUACAUGAAAACAUUUCAGUUGGUCACUGGGUGGCAGCAGUCAGUUGGUGAUUAACUUUCAACGUCUUUUGAGGAGAACAAACUCAGACAUCCAGCUGCAUUUUACAGGCUUCAGACACGCCACAACUAAUACUUUAAUGUUAAUCACUAGAUUUAUAUAAGACUAUUGGAUUUGAUUUCGUCUUUGUGGAGAAGAACACUGGCGCUUCUUUGCGCGCAAGCCUGAUGGAUGCACUCUGCGUCAGGCUCGCCAAUGAGCGUCUAACCCCACCCAUAGUCUGAAUGAGAGAGAGGCAGGGGGUGGAGCGGUCCUGUCAGUAGCUGGAGGUUGUGUUAGAAGAUUGCGCGUCUUCAAGGAGGAGAUGGGAAGUUGGGAUGGCAGCACUGCAAGGUCCAGCUCUGUUUGGGAAUAAAUGUCCAGGCGUUUAAAUUAAAAUAAAGUACAAAUGCUGACAGUAUGAGUGAAGGCAAUGAGAGCAUUUAUCUGAACAGGUCACUCAGACUGGACCUCUUCAGCAAACUGGAGGACAUCGACGUGACGGCUGACGGGAGUCCGGUCCUCAGGGUCCUUAUCUGCCUCGUCUACUCCGUGGUGUGCGCCGCGGGUCUGGUUGGCAACCUGCUGGUCCUCUUCUUCAUCAGGGUCAGACAGGAGCGCAGGAAGUCCAGGGUGAACUUCUUUGUGCUCAACCUGGCGGUGACGGACCUCCAGUUCGUGCUGACGCUGCCCUUCUGGGCCGUGGACACGGCCAUGGACUUCAGCUGGCCGUUUGGAGACGCCAUGUGCAAGAUCGUCCUGUCCGUCACCGUGAUGAACAUGUACGCCAGCGUCUUCUUCCUCACCGCGAUGAGCGUGACCCGUUACUGGUCCCUGGCCUCGGCUCUGAAGAACCGAACCGUGCAGAGGUCUUGCUCCGCCAAAUGGGUCUGCGCAGUUAUUUGGACUCUGGCAACUCUGGCCACCGCGCCCACGUCGAUUUUCUCAACAGUCACGAACGUGACGGGAGAGAAACUGUGCCUGCUGAGGUUUCCGGGCGGACAGUACUGGUUAGCAGUUUACCACAUCCAGAAGAUAGUUGUAGGCUUUGUUUUACCCAUGUCCAUAGUUUCAGUCAGCUACUUCAUGCUGCUGCGCUUCAUCCGCAAGCGGAGCAUGAAAACAAGCAACCCCAAACGGAGGUCUCAGGUGACCAAGUCCAUCACCAUCGUCAUGCUGUCCUUCUUCUUCUGCUGGAUGCCGAACCACGCCAUCACCCUGUGGAGUGUCUUGGUCAAACUGAACUUUGCCAACUGGGACAGUGCGUAUUACAUAGUCCACACGUACGUGUUCCCGCUCACCGUGUGUCUGGCGCACACCAACAGCUGCCUGAACCCGAUCAUUUACUGCCUCAUGAGGAAGGAGUUUAGGGACAAGCUGCGGGCUGUGGUCCGCAGAAGAUAGUGGUUUAAAGACUCCGGGAGCGAUUUAAUGACGCGCGUAAUGUGUUUGGCAAACUGUAACCAAGGCGCACUGGAUGCGGACGACUGUAAAGCGCAAGUCGGAUGCCAUUAUCACGCUGAUUGACCAUAAUGUCGUCGCUCGAUUCUAUGAGAUAGUUCGGGCUCGUGUGGAGCCGCAAGAAUAUUUUACUUUAAAUUAAAAAGAAAUGAAUUGUCACGUCGCUUGGUUAUUAUGUAUCCGUCGUGCGUAAAAGCGCAUCGCAAUCAUCUGUGUGUUUUUAUGCUUUUUAUUUUACUGGGCUGAUUAUGUGUGGCCAGUCGCUUUCUAUAUUGAUUUGUGAAUGAUUUAACUCUAAGUGCAUUUAUAGAAGCUAUGUAUAAAAGUUGCCAAGCGCAACAGCGUUUACCAAAACAAGAGUUAAAUAUGAUUGUUGUAAAUAGGCAGUAAAACCUUCAGUGUGCUAAUAAAAUAUGACCAGAUCAGACUAA